AAACAAAAAGGCACCCAUACCAAUCAAAUCUAAGCAAAUGAACCGCAUUUACUACACCAAUGGAGCUUAGAUAAUUGGGAAACAAAGAAUAAACAGAAUAAAAACGACAGUCCCGCAAAAACGGAGCCAGUGAAAGAGGGAGAUAAAGAACAAGAAGAAGAAGUGAAAAACUGAUGGCUAUCUUUGCAUCUACAGCACCGACACAAAAGGGGAUAGUGAUAACAGUGCCAGUUCUGGUUCUUUCGGUUUCGGUGGCAACUAUUAUGUUGUUCUUUCUUUUGUCUUCUCUAUCAUACUGUGACUGUCCGGCUUCUGCUCCUACUUUGCAACGCGUUAGUGGCGUCGGUUCUGACGGUGGAGAAUUUGGAGUGGUUAAAGAGAGAAUAUCGCCGACAAAGGAAGAUAUUGAGUGGGUUAAGGAUCAGAUCCGUGAGAAUGGAUUGCAUAUGCAAGAUAAUGUUCUUCGUAAGGGCAUUAACCCGCGCACUAGGGCUCAACAACUACAAGAUCUUAUUCAAUACAAGGGGAUAUCGCAUUAUGAGGAGCCAGAAUCCGGUAAUCAUACUGCACUUCCUUGCCCUGGUGAGCUCCUUGUGGAGGAGCACCAUAGCAACUACGGAGAGCCCUGGGCAGGUGGGCGAGAUGUGUUCGAAUUCUUAGCUGAAUCCGCCCGCCUUUCUCCCAACUCAAAAGUGCUUGAGAUUGGGUGCGGGACACUACGCGUUGGCUUGCAUUUUAUUCGGUAUCUUAGCCCUGAACACUACCAUUGUCUUGAAAGGGAUGAGCUUUCUCUAAUGGCUGCGUUUAGGUAUGAGCUUCCUUCUCAGGGUCUUUUACACAAGCGACCUCUGAUUGUGCGAGGAGAAGAUAUGAAUUUCUCAAAUUUUGGUUCUGGAAUUGAAUAUGAUUUGAUAUAUGCUAGUGCUGUGUUUCUUCACAUGCCCGAUAAUCUUGUCUGGGCUGGAUUAGAACGUUUAGCGAGCAAGUUGAAACCUUAUGAUGGGCGAAUCUUCGUGUCACAUAAUAUAAAGUUCUGUUCAAGAUUAGGAGGUGAGGAAUGUACUAAGAGGCUGACAAGUUUGGGGCUUGAAUAUCUGGGGAAGCAUACCCAUGAUAGCUUGCUUUUUAAUCACUAUGAGAUUUGGUUUGAAUUUAAAAGGUUCAAAGCUUAAGAAGGGCAUAAUAUAGAUUUCUUGGUCUUGUCUUUGGGUAAUGAUGAUGCAAGAUUGAAGCCGCCCUGGCUGUUUUAUGCAUGAUUUGCUGUUUCUGAUUACUUACCUCAACAUUUUUCAGAGGUUUGCUCAUCUUUAUGCUGUUGAUAGUUGAAAGUACAAUGGAGAGUCAAUGAUCUUGCAGAUUUUUAUCCGGUCAGGUUAUCUGUCUGUGGACAGAAUUUGAGACCUUGUAUCCUCCAGGGAUGAAAUUUGUAUACAACGUUGAUUUUAGGAUGCACUGAUGAUAGAGUUGAGGGAUUCUUUCGCCCAAUUAUGUAUUAGUAAUUUAAAACAUAUCAAUGGAACAUAAAAAUUCUUUUUAUAAGAAAUUUUUUUAUCUUGUCAUUGCUUGAAA